GCGCGCACCCUUCUAUCGCGUGGUGCUGAUCAUCCAUAUUGCUGUUAGUGGUGAAGUUUAGCUUGCAAUUUAAAAGAGGCUCCCGGGCGAUUUUUAAAUGUUUUAAUUCAACACAAACCACUCUGCGUCUUAGACUGAAUGCUAUUUAGUCUAGGGGUGGAGUGGAGAAACGAGUUCAUUCGAGGAAUACUUCACAUUUUCUUUGUUGAGUAGUAGGCGAAUUUGUUGGUAUCGUGAGGAAAAGAAGAAAUGGCUACUCAGGUAGAGGCUCUCCUACCCAACAAUCCUCGUAUUAAACCAGAGAAUGGGCAUGCGAGCAAGAUGAUACAGCAUGGAGAGGACUGUCCUGAAAAGGGGGUGAAGCAGACAUGUGUUGCCGACGAGGGUAGCAAUAUGAAAACAAACAACUCAGAACAGUGUUGGAUUGCAACGAGGGCGCUACGCUCUAAACAGGCAAAAGAAGAGAGUAACAAUCAAGAGAAAGACACCCUGGAUCAAGAGAUGCACACGACUGAUCAAACGGAAGACUGUGUGAAAUGCAGUAAAAAUGAGUUUGCUGAAGCACCCCCGCCCAAGGUGAACCCAUGGACCAAGAAAAAGAAUGCGGUGACCGUGGUCAGCCAGAAUGGACAAUCACAACAUGAGCCGCCAAUCACAACAGGCCCAGCCAAGGUGGUGAAGGCCCCAAACCCCCGGCCUCGGAGAGGAGAAAGGGUUGGAGAUUUUGGUGAUGCUAUGAAGUGGCCAACCCCCGGGGAGAUUGCAACUAAAGAAACGCAGAUUGAGGUUGUGAAUCGGACUGUGUCAUGCCCCAUGCCCGUCAGGCAGGUCAGAGAAGUGGGCUCCACACGGAGAUCCCCAGCCCCCAAAAAGCCUGUGGUGAAGAAAGAGUUGAAGGAGAAGUGUGACACCAACGAGGAGGGCAAGGAGAACCAGAAUGCGAAGUCGGAUGACUCUGGAGAGGAGAAGAACAGCGACGAGGACUCUCAGAAGAACGGACAGAAGAAGAAAGGAAACAAGCAUAGGUGGGUGCCGCUGAUGAUGGAGGUGAAGUCUGAGGGGCCCAGAGAACGCUCAGCCUCAAGGAACAACACCCGUCAGAACGAGGUGCCCAGGAUGCCCCCCAACAGGAAGAACGACCUCCGAGACUGGUACAGAGGGAAGUCCGAGCGUGAAUGGAGUGAGGACCAUGAUGAGGUGUCCAGCGUGAGGAGCGAGGGUGCUCCCUACCGUGCCGGGUUCCGGGGUCGUGGCAGGGGCCGGGGACGAGGCGGAGGCUCCAGAGGUCACCCUGACUACCAUUAUGGCUACAAGGCCUACAACGGGAAGGACGGUGCCUACGGACAGAAGUUUGGUGCUCCAGUGACCUAUUACUACGACAACAUGAGCAGCAGUGACCUGUACACAGUGGACCAGGGCCUGCUCAAGGACUAUGUCAAAAGGCAGAUUGAGUACUACUUUAGCCUUGGCAACCUGGAGCGGGACUUCUUCCUGCGCAAGAAGAUGGACCAGGAGGGCUUCCUGUCUCUUGGCCUGAUUGCCAGCUUCCACAGGGUGCAGGCCCUCACCACUGACGUCAGCCUCAUUAUAGAGUCUUUGAAGGACAGCAAAGAGGUGGAAAUCAUUGACAUGAAGAUCCGUCGGAAGAUGGAGCCGGAGAAGUGGCCACUUCCUGGCCGGUCCAUGGGACCGGACCACAACCAGGUGGACCUGACCCAGCUCAUCCACUGCCCCGAGUUCGUGCCCCGGCAGAUGCCCACUAAGCAGACAGAGUCUGCUCCAGGGUCUCCCCGGUCUUCCACGCCCACCAGGGGCAUGACCAGGGCCUCCAUGCAGCCCAAGAUGGAGCAGGACGUGUCCAACCUGAAGAGCAUGCCCAAGGGACUGUCGGCCAGCCUGCCCGACCUGGACUCUGAGUCCUGGAUCGAGGUGAAGAAGAGACCCAAGCCCUCCCCGGCCAGAACCAAGACCCCUUCGUUGCAGCAGAAGGAAGACGCUCUCUCCCCGGUGCCCAAGGCAGGCCUCAGCCUCGUCCCCUCCACCGCCUCAGCCAAGGAUGAGCCCGAGGAGCUGGACUUCAUGUUUGACGAGGAGAUGGAGCAGAUAGAUGGCCGCAGGAACACAUUUACCGACUGGUCCGAUGAGGACUCGGACUGCGAGAUCGCCGACAAUGACGUCAACAAGAUCCUCAUUGUGACACAGACGCCGCCCUAUCUGCGCAAGCACCCAGGGGGUGACCGCACGGGCCACCACACGUCGCGCUCCAAGCUGACCAACGAGCUGGUGAAGGUGAUCAACGACGGCCUGUACCACUACGAAGCAGACCUGUGGGAUGACAACUACGAACCCGAGUACGCCACCAUCAAGCAAGAGGUGGAGAACUUCAAAAAGGUUCACCUGAUCAGCCGAGAGGAGUUUGACUGCCUGACCCCAGAACCCCCCGUCGACCCCAACCAGGAGGUGCCCCCUGGACCCCCAAAGCCCCAGCAGAUUCCCGUAGACGCCUUGGCGAACAAACUGUUCGGUGCCCCUGAGCCUUCCACAAUAGCACGCUCCCUCCCGACUACUGUACCUGACUCGCCCAACUACCGCAGUGCCCGGACACCCCGCACGCCUCGCACCCCGCACCGGAAGGACCCCGCCAUGACGCCCCGUUUCUACCCUGUUGUGAAGGAGAGCCGGCCCGUCGACGACAAGACCCCCAGGAAAAGGAAGACCAGGCACAGCUCCAACCCCCCCAUGGAGUGGCACGUUGGCUGGGUGAUGGACUCGCGGGAGCACCGAUCUCGUACCGCCUCCGUCAGCUCCAACGUCAGCCCCUCAGAGGGUACACCUGUAUUGGGGGGAAUUGGCUGCACCCCCCAGUCGCUCCCCAAUUUCCAGCACCCCUCCCACGAGCUGCUCAAGGAGAACGGCUUCACGCAACACGUUUAUCACAAGUACCGUCGACGCUGCCUAAACGAACGCAAGCGGUUGGGCAUCGGCCAAUCCCAGGAGAUGAACACGCUGUUCCGUUUCUGGUCGUUCUUCCUGAGGGAUCACUUCAACAGGAAGAUGUAUGAGGAGUUCAAGCAGCUGGUGGUGGAGGACGGCAAGGAGGGAUACAGGUACGGUUUGGAGUGCCUGUUCAGGUACUACAGCUACGGACUGGAAAGGAAAUUCAGGCCAAACAUUUUCAAGGACUUCCAGGAGGAGACCAUGAAAGAUUACGAAGCUGGCCAGCUGUAUGGACUUGAGAAGUUUUGGGCAUUUCUUAAAUACUCCAAAAACAAGAACAUGGGGAUAGACCCCAAGUUGCAGGAGUGCUUGAGCAAGUUUAAGCGUCUCGAGGAUUUCAGAAUCGAUCCCCCGAUGGAGGAGGGAGGUCGCAAGAGACACUCAUCCAGCGGAGACUGUCGCCGCCGCCACCCCUCCCAGGGCUCCAGACGCCCCCACAGCCAAACUGGCUUCGGCCCCGUCGCCCAGGGCCCCACCAGGGAGGAUGCCAAAAUCAGCAGCCAGAGCCAGCGCCCGCAGCCCAGCCACCAAUCGCAUCAGACACCCAGCCACCAAAGUAACCCCAGACAACCCUCAGCCACUUGGAUCAACUCAACGUCAUUGAAUAUUUUCUGCGCUGCAAGAAUGCGAGAUUGACUUUCUGACGAACAGCUUGUGAUUGGAUAAAUCAAGGCUCUUCCAUUUAUUUAGUUUGAAACACCCAGCGUUUUGACUUAUUAGAGACAAAACUAAAUGACUAUUGAAGGAGUGGAUGAAGUAUUUUAUUUUGCAAUCCUUGGCAUAUUUUCUCCCCGUGGUUACAAAAUGUGGGGAAUUGACAUGGUUUCUUGAGGACGUUUGAUGGCAACUGCGAACCUUGUGAUUCCUUUCUGUUGAUGGACCCUCUUUCCACUUGACACCAUCUAGUUGGUGGAUUAGAAAUUGAUGCGUUGAAAAAUACAUAUUUAACUUGUUUUGCGCGAGAGAGAAAUAGAGGGAGAAAAAAUAGAUGUCAAAACACCAAACCAAAUGAUGAAAAAAAUGACUUGUACCAGUCCCUCAGUAUGAACAAGAUCAUUGAACGUUGCCUUAUUUUUAUGUUUUUCCUGCUUGUGCCCGCCACCGUAAUGUCGAUUGUACAGCAUUGACAAUUGCAAAUAUGCAACGUUGGUCACCACCUACAGUAGUUGGUCACCACUCAGUUUUUUUCCAAGAGGCUCUACUCUGUUCAUCUGGAGGAGUACAACCAAUGGGCAGACGGUCUCCCUUCUGACCCUUGAACCCAACCCAUCUGUUCUAUUCCCAUGAACAUCUGACUACAUACAGUCAGAUAAACUAUAAUAAUCUGGUGUGGAUAACAUCAUCUUCAUCCGACAGAGGACUGAUGAUAUCAAAUAGAUGAGUGAUUCAUUUUUUUCUUCACCAAUGUGAAUUGGACAGAAGAUGACUUUCACCUCCAGGCGACUUGUUUUAUUGUUUAUAGAACAGUUUAUAUAUUUGACUAGCAUGUGUACAUACUACUUUUUCUUCUUUUAAAUGGUCUGAAAUGAGGCUUUUUUUUAAUUUUCUGUGUUUCUAGCUAUGCUAUGGGUAUAUGGUCCUCUUUAGUUCAAUAUCAAUUGGCAUAAAUAACAGAACUGUUCCUUCUGCUGGAGGUUGAGAAGGGAUUCAUAUUCACAGGUGGUUCCACUGUGUCAAAAUUUAAAACAAACAUGACAUUGGCCAUUCUAUUUUCAUUAACUGUCAUUGUUGAAAAAGUUGAGUUUUUACGAGAAUUAACUUUCUUUUUAGCUUUUUUUCCCCCUGUCUUGUGGGUUUAACUCCAGGGAACUGUGAGUCAAUUGAGUGUGCUUGUAUGAUUGAUUGAAUCACUCAAGAAAUUGUUUACUCGAGGAAUAAAGACAUAACUUUCCGAAUGCACCCCCAGUGAACGUCCCCUCACUCGUCCUAGACCAGGAUAGAGGGGACAGGUAAGAUCUGUCCUUUGGGGUCCAGUCUAAUCGUUAGCACAGUGCAUCAGACCCUGUGGGUGGAACCGUUGGUGCUCCAAUGAACUCAGCAGGACACCAGACAUGGCGCCCCCUAGUGUCAGAUGGGCUGGCGAGAAAGAGGGGAAGGGAGGACGUAACCCACUUUGGGUUUGUCAAUAUUCAGAGGUUAUGAAUGGCUAUGAUGUCUGGGGACUGAAAAAAAGGACAAAAUUCCAUAGAGCCAAAAAAAAAUUAAAUAGCUGUAUACGAAUUAAUAGUUCAUUACCAUUACAAUAUCCUAGGCUUGUCAUGAGGGGAAUAAAAUAAUAAAAACAAAUGUAGAAUACUUGAAUAAGAUCUUGUAUUAUAGCAUUUAAUAUCCAUAAUAUCUGCUUUGUAGGCUGUGAUUUGCUAUUGGUGUUAUUUGUAGUAAUUGUGCUGUUCCUUAUAUAUAUAUAAAAAAAUAAAAACAUUAAAUGGACAAAAAAA